AUGAACGAUCAACAAAGACCAUUUGUGUCGAACGUUACAGGCUAUCCAAUGCAAUAUGCCACACAGCCUAUUGCACCGAGAGGAGUGCAACAAACUCCGUAUCCGUAUUCUCGAAUGCAAUAUCCGAUUGGACAAUCGCAGUUAAUGAUGAACGCACCUACUCAACCUCGCCCAAUUCAUAAUACUGGUCCGCCAAUUGUAGCGUCUAGCCCUGCACCGGUGGUGCGAAAACGUACCAUUCCAGAAAAUGCUACAAUGAACGCAAUGAAUACGCAAGUAAAAAAAAAGCGAGCGAUUGACAGAAACAUCCCAGAAAAGCUCGAUACACUCGUUCCAGAAUCACAAUUAUAUACAGAACUCCAAGAAUUUGAAAGAAAAUUGGACUCGACAAUUGUUCGCAAAAAAUUAGAAAUAACAGAAUCUUUAUCAAAGCCGAUGAAGGUUAAGCGUACCCUCAGAGUAUUUAUAUCUAAUACAUCAUGUAAUCAACAACCUGUAUUACAGGAAGCUGAAGGAAACGAAAUAGAUUAUGGUAGUAACAUUCCGGCCUGGACAUUAAAGAUUGAGGGAAGGUUACUUGAUCCUAUAAAUGCGAAAAACACCAGGCCGCCUGCUCGAAAAUUUUCUCAUUUUUUCAAGUCCAUAAUUGUCGAGUUAGAUAGAGAUCCUGAAAUGUAUCCUGAAGGCAAUUUAAUUGAAUGGAACAAAGCGCCAGAUUCUGAUGACGUUGACGGAUUCGAGAUAAAACGUAAAGGUGACUCAAAUCUCAAAGCAAAAAUAUUCUUAAAUCUAGAUCAACAGCCGCCAAGGUACAAAUUGUCACCUGAAUUAGAAAGUAUUUUGGAUAUACAAGAAGAAACAAAACCAGGCAUUAUUAUGGCUUUAUGGCAGUAUAUAAAACAUAACAAUUUGCAAGAUAAUGAGGAUAAACGGAUAAUUAACAAUGAUAUGCGAUUAUACGGGAUUUUUAACGCUACACGGAUCGCUUUUCCACAAAUUCCAGAAUUAAUAAGCAAGCAUUUGGCGCCUGUCGAUCCUAUACUGAUAGAAUAUACAAUUCGAGUUGAUAAAGAAUUUCAUCAAUCGCGGUAUGCUUAUGAUAUUGAAGUCGAACUUGAUGAUCCAAAUAAAAUGAGACUUGCAGCGCUCGCGUCAAAUUCUAUCAAUCAAAAAGAAAUACAGAAUUUAGACGACAAGAUCGUUCAAUGUGUACAAAGCAUUAAUAAUUCUAAAACCAAACGUGACUUUUUACUAAAUUUUGCGAAUUCACCUAUAGACUUUAUUAAUAAAUGGAUUGCUAGUCAAAGCCGUGAUUUAGAGGUUAUUUUGGGUGAAAGUAAAGUUAACCUCGAGGAACAGCGAAAGUCUGGAUUCUAUCAACAAGACUGGGUCAAUGAAGCCGUUUUUCAUUACACGGCUGCAAUGAAUAAAAAUAAUAAAAAUUUGUUAAUGUGA